AUGGCUUCCGCUCCGCCGCUUGUGGUGGAUUCAGAAUGGGAAAGCUUUCUCGAGAAUUGCAGCACGGAGGAGCUUUCUUCCUUUUUGGAGAAACUGAGGUCCAACAACAACAACGGAAACCCCCAGACAGCGGCUUCGCUGCCAGUGAACGGCGCGGCGCCAUACAGAAGUCUCGAGACCGACAUCAUGGCGCUAGCGGCGGCCGGAACGCCGCAAAUCACGGCGCAACAGCCGCUGCAGGCCACCCCGCAGCUGCAAAGCAAUGGAACCACGCCGUUCGGAACCGCGGCCUUCCCCCUCCGCGCCGCUGGGGGCGGAGCCUCAUUCGACGCUCAUUCGCUCGCGGCGCGCCACAUUGGCGGGCUAGUAACCAACGGAAACAGCUCCCCGUAUAACUCCUCUGCUGACGUCAUCUCCAGCAGCAACUUUGGCGAGAGCGCCUUCUCCGAAAGCGGCUGCGACGGCGGCGGCGGCGGCGGCGGCGGCGGCGGAGGCGGGGGCGAGAAACUCAAGAACGAAAUGGAGGAUGCGUGGGAGUCCUUCUCACCCCAACCACGCCGCCCCGGGGGGCCCCUGCCUGGCAGUACUACCUCUACGCCGACCCUGCCCUCGCCUUUUCUAGCUGGCCAGCCGGCCCAGAGGCUUUUCGGCAGCCCCCCUGCUGCUGCAGCUGCGUCCAGGCUCGGACCCUCCAAGCUAGGAGUUACAGCCGGCCCUGCUCCAGCCGCUACAGCCACUGCCGGCGUUGCCGGCGCUGGCAGCGCAGGUGCGAGCCGGCGGAGUGGGUCCAACAGCGGCGACCGGGCGGACCGGGCGGCACGAGCCUCGGCCGGCGAGGAUUCCCCGGCUCGGCAGAGCGGGCGGCAGGGUGACGCUCCGAGCGGCGGCGAGGCGGGCGGUGCAGGGGUUCAAGCGAGAGGUUCGGGAGAAGGAGGCGCGCACGGCAGCGAAGGAGAGAGCUCUGAUGAGAUGGAGGGAGGAGCUCACAUGGACCAGUUUGCGGAAGAUCAUGUGCCGGGCGGCAACUCUCGGCAGGUGGGCGGCGGCAGCGCGGCGGAUUCCGGGCUGGGCGUGAAGGCGGAGAAGCGGCAGAUCAAGAUGAAGAGCCACGUGGAGAGCCAAAGACGCAAGCGUAUCAGCGACGGGCUGAAGCGGCUGCGGGAUUCGGUGAAGGGCACGGGCGACACGGCUACGAUGCUGGACGAGGCUGUGGCUUAUGUGGAGGGACUCAAGCAACAAGUGACAGCCCUGCAAGUCUCUCUCCUCCUCAAGGACACAGCCCGGCCUCAACUUGGUGGUACACCACCAUCUAUCCUCGGUGCUGACUCAGCACUCCUAGCCCAAGCCCUGCAGCAGCAGCACUCCCUCGGCAUGCCAUUCUCCCUGCCAGGGAAUCAGCAGCUGCCACAUCAGCAGCAGCAGCAGCUCCUGCAGCAGCAGCAGCAGCAGCAGCAGCAGCGGCCGCUGCAGGCAGGCCCGGGCAUGUUCCAGGCUCGGCAGUAUCCGAACUUGGGCCGUAAUUAUUCGUCUGCUGCCGCCUCCGACCGCUCUGCCGCCACCUCCGACCGCUCUGCCGCCGCCUCCGACCGCUCUGCCGCCGCCUCCGACCGCUCUGCCGCCGCCUCUGACCGCUCUGCCGCCGCCUCCGACCGCUUUGCCGCCGCCUCCGACCUCUCUGCCGCCGCCUCCGACCGCUCUGCCGCCGCCUCUGACCGCUCUGCCGCCGCCCCCAACUGCUCUUCUGCCGCCUCCAACCGCUCUGCCGCCUCUUUCAACCGCUCUGCUGGCGCCUCACUGGGAGACGUUCCAUUUCUUACCUGA